AUGUGCCAUGCGGAAGACUUGUUAUUCGUCAGUUUAAACGGUUUUUGUGUUACCAAGCAGGAAUUCGCUUUAAAUCUAUGUUUAGCCGUGGUGGGAAUGUUUAUUAUUUUGAUUAACCUUUUAGCCGUGGUGACAUUGAUAAAGCAUACCGAUAUGGAGGAGCCGACCAAUUAUUUUAUAGCCAAUUUAGCCAUUGCAGAUACAUUUAUUGGCAUUUUCCUUAUCUACGACGUCUUCUACAAUAUUUUACAGUUCAAAUUCUACAUAGAAUGUGUUUUACGUGUCGGUUUAUUCAUUUCUGUCAAUAUAGCUUCCGUUUUUAAUUUAACCACUUUGACAUUGGAUCGUUAUAUUAAAGUUACCAAACCUUAUAAAUAUCUGGCGUUUUUCUCCCCCAGAAAGGUUAAAGUAGCGGAAGCCUUGAUAUGGAUUGCCUCCAUAGUUUGUGGAAUGCUGCCGUUUUUUGGAUGGAGUACGCUGGACAUAUUUGAAAUCUGUAAUUUUUUUGGCAUUAUGUCUUGGACGUAUUUGUUAUUCAUUUUAAGCGUGUUUAGUAUUCCAAGCUGUUUUAUCGUAUUUGCUUACAUUCAUUUCCUAAUGCUGGCCAACAAGCAAAGAGAGGCUAUCUCCUCACAGAUGUCAUCCUUCCGUGGUGCCGGAAACAGUAGAAGAGAACGAAGAGCUUUAAAGUCAUUUAAAACAGCUUUCAUUAUCGUUGGAGCAUAUUUCCUUUGCUGGGGACCAGUUGUAAUUGUAUCAGAUAUAGAGAAGUCUAUGGCCAUCUCACCAAACGUUGUGUUUGUUUAUUUACUGGGUAUCGGAGUAUUCAACAGUAUCCUCAAUCCUAUUAUUUACGCUUCUAAGAUCAGUGUGUUCAGAAAGAAACUUCAUAGAAUGUUUUGUGUUAGUCGUAUUCAAGAAUUUAAACGAAAUUCUAUCAGAUCGUUGUCUAAUGCAUUCAGAACGUCGGUCGCACAAGUCAAUAGAGGGUCCAACGCUUCGAACGAAUCGGGACGUUCCUAUGGAUCCACCCAAGAUGAAACGAGAGUCACAACGAUGAAUUCUGGGGAUAAUGGAAACCACAUUAUUUACGUUAAACCACAUGAAGAAUCCGAAGAACAGGAAAAUGAUAGAAGACUUUCAGAUGUGCAGUGCUGA